AUGUCGAACCUUACAAAACUUGAAUUUGCGGCCCUUGAUAUUACUGGAAAGAACUAUUUGUCUUGGGUGCUAGAUGCUGAAAUUCACCUAGAUGCAAAAGACCUUGAUCCACAAGUCCUUUGGAGUAAUCUAAAGGAAAGGUAUGACCACCAGAAAACUGUAAUACUACCCAAAGCUCGUUAUGACUGGUUACAUUUAAGACUACAAGACUUUAAGUCUGUAAGUGAAUAUAACUCAGCUAUGUUCAGAAUUACUUCACAGUUGAAAUUAUGUGGAGAGAAAAUCACUGAUGCAGAAAUGCUAGAGAAAACAUACACUACCUUUCAUGCGAAUAAUGUUGUCCUGCAGACACAAUACCGUGAAAAGGAAUUUAAGAAAUAUUCUGAACUUAUAUCUUGUCUCCUUGUGGCUGAGCAAAAUAAUGAGCUACUGAUGAAAAAUCAUGAAUCACGUCCAACUGGUUCUGCUCCAUUCCCUGAAGCGAAUGCGACAUCCCAUAAUGGGAAAGAAAAAUAUCAUGCCAACAAUAGUGGACGUGGUGACGUGGACGUGGACGAUGCGUGA